AUGCGCAAAAUGUACGGACAAGCUGCUAUGUGGCUAUUCCAUAAUGCUAUUGGAAGUCUUGUACAUAGCUGAGCUUACUAGGUAAUCACAACGACAGCUUCAGCGAUAUAAAGUUAUUUCAAUUUGGUUUGUUGUUGAAAAAGAUUACUUUGACGCGAAAAUAUUUGUUAUCGAAUUAUUUAAUCUAACGAAACACCCGUCCAAGCAAACCAAGUAUUUCCCUGAAACUCCACAGGUAGCUAUUGUAACGUUAGCUUACCCACAAGUUUAACUACUAUCCGCUAGCGCUGUCUCAGUUGGUCUUACUUUCGGUAUAAAACAGCUGGUCAAGUUUGGAAAGAGAAAAGAACAAGUAAACAGAAUGAAACUGUACAGUCUGAGUGUGCUAUACAAGGGGACCACCAAGUCCAACUUGCUCAAGGCUGCUUAUGACCUGUCAUCCUUCAGCUUUUUCCAGCGGUCCAGUGUUCAGGAAUUCAUGACAUUCACCAGUGCGCUGAUCGUGGAACGGUCAUCGGUUGGCAGCAGAGCUUCUGUCAAAGAACAAGAGUACCUGUGUCAUGUUUACGUGCGGAACGACAACCUGGGAGCAGUGGUGAUUGCGGAUGGGGAGUACCCCUCGAGAGUCUGUUUUACCCUACUAGAUAAGGUCUUAGAGGAGUUCUCCAGGCAGGUGGGCAGUAUUGACUGGCCUUCUGGAUCUGCUGACACCAUCCAGUACUCAGCCCUAGACAGCUAUCUGGCCAAGUACCAGAAUCCCAGAGAAGCAGACGCCAUGAGCAAAGUGCAAGCUGAACUGGAUGAAACCAAAAUUAUUCUGCACAACACUAUGGAGUCUCUGUUGGAGAGAGGGGAGAAGCUGGAUGAUCUGGUGCAAAAGUCGGAACACCUGGGCAACCAAUCCAAAGCCUUCUACAAGACCGCACGGAAGCAGAACUCUUGCUGCGAAGUCAUGUAGAGCUGCUGGACGUAUCUGCACCUCCUGGACCCUCCUCCUGUCUCACUACUCUCUCCCUCCCUGGUCUCUCUCCCUGGUCUCUCUGAACAUGCCUCGAGUCAGCAGGGCUGUGUGAGGAACAGAGAGGGUCAAUCUCAAUGUUGGUUUCCGGUAGCUGUAUGUCCUCAUGUGAAAGUGAGGGUUCAAGCUGUAGACUGAUGGCUUUCCCCUUCCUCUCUCUCUGUCUCUGGUUUUAACUCCCUGUUUUUGAAGACACUCCAAUGUCCUGUGCUUUGAUUGGCUGUCUCGUUGAGCAGUGGGUGUGUGCGGUUGUCAGACCUGUGAGUUGAUAGGCUGCGUAUGUCAAAGCUCUCAGUGAGGGAUCUUACCGCAAAGAUUACCUAUACCUGUCUAAUGACAAUGAGAUGGUGGUUCGUUCAGUAUUGCAUUUGGGAUUCAAUUAAGGGCUGUUCAUUGAAAAUUGUGGGAUGAUCAGUUGUGUAACCAGUUUGUAGAACAAGCUGAAUGUGACUUGGUCGCGAGAUGCAUCAAGCUGCUACUGGCUGAAUUCUAGACAUUCCUGAUGUUGUAAAAGUACACGAUUUAGAAACCAGUUGCCUUCUGCGUACAUGCAGAAUGACAUCUGAAGCCUUAAAUGUGUGAGUGUUUUACAUGAAUUAAAUCUGGGCCGUAUUAAGUUCAUACGUGUGAGAAAUGGUUCAAACAAGAGAAUGGACAUUUCCCAAGACCUGAAAUGUAAGAUGAGUGUUUGGUUCUUUGAUCACAUAUUUAUUAUGCAGACAGCAACAGUUGUAUACUAAAUGGUAAUGUUUCUUAAAGUAGUCUUUGUAUAUCUGUAUAAAUGAGGGGUUACCUUGUUAAACUCUAAUUGUUCUGGCAGGCCUAUCUACCUAUCUUUGUGCCUUCUUUGUUUAACGUGCCACAUUUUCUACAUCUACUUGAUAUAGCCAUAAAUAACGGUGUAUUCACCAGUAUACAAACCAUACAUGGAGAAAUGUUUGCUUUAUCUUCUACUUCAUUUAAAACGUUCUCAGUCCUAUUACCCAUACAUUGUAUUACGCGUGAAACUAUUUGAAAUUGUCAUUACGAUUAAAUAAAUUAUUCAAACGAU